GAGAAAAGGAAAAGGAUUCAUAAUCAUAAGUUUUCGUGUCCAAAGGGCAAUUCGAGUCUUUGAAAUCUCCCUUUCAAACCUUACACUCCUCAUUUCGUUUCCGUAGCAGUUUUCUCACACUUCACCGCUGCUUCCCCUUCACCUCCGAUUUCGUAUCAGUAGUCAGAGAUCAAAAUGUCUCGAAGAUAUGACAGCCGUACAACAAUCUUCUCCCCUGAAGGACGUCUUUACCAAGUGGAAUAUGCAAUGGAGGCUAUUGGUAACGCUGGUACCGCAAUAGGGAUCUUAUCAAAAGAUGGGGUUGUGCUGGUUGGUGAAAAGAAAGUCACAUCCAAGCUGCUCCAAACUUCAACUUCCACCGAGAAAAUGUACAAGAUUGACGAUCAUGUUGCAUGUGCUGUGGCUGGGAUAAUGUCUGAUGCGAACAUCCUAAUCAAUACCGCUAGGGUCCAAGCACAACGCUACACAUACGCCUAUCAAGAGCCCAUGCCAGUUGAGCAGUUAGUUCAGUCUCUCUGUGAUACCAAGCAAGGUUACACCCAAUUCGGUGGUCUUCGGCCAUUCGGAGUCUCGUUUCUGUUUGCGGGAUGGGACAAAAACUUUGGCUUUCAACUUUACAUGAGUGACCCUAGUGGAAAUUACGGUGGCUGGAAAGCUGGAGCCAUUGGGGCAAAUAACCAGGCAGCACAAUCAAUACUAAAACAGGAUUACAAGGAUGAUAUCACAAGAGAAGAAGCAGUGCAACUUGCAUUGAAGGUUUUGAGUAAAACCAUGGACAGCACAAGUCUAACCUCGGAAAAGCUUGAACUUGCAGAGGUUUUCCUUUCACCCUCUGGAAAAGUCAAGUAUGAAGUUUGCUCCCCAGAGGCCCUGACUAAGAUGUUGGUGAAGUCUGGUGUAACCCAACCUGCAACAGACACUGCCUAGUUUGCUAUUCCAUGCUUAUUGCACUUUGAUUAUGCCUAUCUUAUUCAUUUGUGGUGCUUUUGGCAUUAGAUGGCAGAUAUUGGCUCAAACAUUUUUCAAGUUAAAACACAUUGCAUGUUGGUAAUGCUAAUGGCUUUGUAUUAGAGAUAUUGAUGGUAUGUGCGUUCCAUUUGAUUAACCACCGAAUUUCCAUGAUUUGGUACUUAUUAUUUGAA